AUGGGCGCCUGCAUGAGCUCGAGUAAUGAGGAGGCGGAACAGAAGAAGAAGAGUCAGGCCAUCGACAAGAUCCUCGAAGAAGAUUCUAAGCGACUACGGAAGGAAUGCAAGAUCUUGCUGCUAGGUUCUGGUGAAAGUGGAAAGUCGACUAUCGUCAAGCAGAUGAAGAUCAUCCACCUUAAGGGCUAUUCAGAAGAUGAGCUGUACAACUAUCGGCCCACAGUCUUCAAAAACCUCGUCGAGUGCGCAAAGGCCGUUAUUAUGGCCAUGCAACAAUUCGAGAUCGAACCCCAAAACGAGGAGAACAAGGCACACGCCGAGUUUCUGAUGGAGUAUCAAGCCGAAUCGGGCCCUCAAGCACAGAUCGACCCGAAAGUCGGCGCUGCAGUACAGUCGUUAUGGAAUGACCCAGCCAAAGAUCUCCUCAUGGAGCACCAGACAGAGUUCUAUCUCAUGGACUCGGCUGAAUAUUUCUUCCAGGAGGCGAUGCGAAUAGUGGGAUCCGACUACCUUCCGAACGAGAUGGAUGUCCUCCGGGCGCGAACGAAGACAACAGGUAUCUACGAAACGAGAUUCCAGAUGGGCCAGCUGAGCAUCCACAUGUUUGACGUGGGUGGUCAACGCAGCGAGAGGAAGAAAUGGAUACAUUGCUUUGAGAAUGUAACAUCAAUCAUCUUCUGCGUGGCAUUGAGCGAGUACGAUCAAGUAUUGCUCGAGGAAAGCAGUCAGAACCGAAUGAUGGAGAGUCUCUUAUUGUUCGAUUCGGUUGUCAAUUCGCGGUGGUUUAUGCGAACUAGUAUCAUCCUGUUCCUCAACAAGGUGGAUAUCUUCAAGCAAAAACUGAGCAGGUCUCCCCUGGGAAACUAUUUCCCAGAUUACUCAGGCGGCAAUGAUGUCAACAAAGCAGCCAAGUAUUUGCUCUGGCGCUUUAACCAGGUCAACAGAGCACAUUUAAAUCUGUACCCUCACUUGACACAAGCAACAGAUACGUCAAACAUCCGGCUCGUCUUUGCAGCAGUCAAGGAGACUAUCUUGAAUAACGCACUUAAGGAUUCGGGCAUUCUCUGA